ACUCUUAAUAAACGUGUUUUGAAUGACUUUACACAAGUGGCAAGUCUUAAUCCAAUCGAUCCAUGCUUAUGAAAUAACCAUUCCACAAACAUUUUUGUAAACAAAUGGAGAAAGAUGUGGUAUGGCGAUCUUCAUUUUGGUUGGGUUUCUUUUCGGGAAUAUUUACUUUGGCUAUCUCUUGUGUGCUGUUCUUUUUACUAUCCAAGUGGAACAAAAGAAAGAAGAAUGUUUUAUCAGAAAGAAAAGGUCCAUUCAACUCUUUACAGUAUCCUUUAUGUGAAAAUAUGGAAUCUGCUUUAUGGCUCAAUAGAAUUAUCGGUAAACUAUGGGAAAAGUUGGAGACUACCUGGUCAGACUUGUUGAUGAAGGAAUUACAACAAUUGGCAAAGAAGCAUCAACCUCAAUUCCUCAAAGAUGUAAUGGUUACUCAUUUAACACUUGGAAGACACGCACCUGAACUUCAUAACCUCAAGUGUUUUAGAACUUUUUCUGCAGACACUAUUGUAUUGGACGCAGAUAUGGAUUGGAUGGCUCGUAGUAGUGAAGUUCGGGUCACAGCUACUCUGUUGGGUAUAAAGCCUCCUCUUUUGAGUGUUCGAAAAAUAAAUAUUCACUCCAAAUUACGUUUGGAGUUGGGCUUAAAUGAUUGUUCGUGGGGUAUUGAAAGUUUAAAGUUUUCCUUUGUACAACAGCCUAAAGUUUAUUUGGAGAUUGUACCUUUGGCAAGUGGUAUAGAUUUGAUGGACAUUCCAGCAUUUCGUUCUUGGCUUUAUCAUCUUUUAACAGUCAAAGCAUUUGAAAAGAUGUUAUUUCCUAAUAAGAUAAGUGUACCUAUUCAACCAACAUCAAGUCGAUCCUUCCAAAGUCUUACAAGUCAUCCUGGCAAUUCUUCAUCUCUACUGAGUUUCUUUUAUACAUUGAAAGACAAUGCUAGUUAUCCACCAGGUACUGAUGGCGUAUUAACUAUACGCAUUUUAAGUGCCCAAAUAUCGAUAUCGGAAGAUCUAUUUGCAAACUAUUCGGAAUGGAAUCCAUCGAUAACUAUUCAAUUAGGACGUCAAGUGAUGACUACACAUAAGAGUUAUCGAACCAAUGAACCCAUAUUUGAAGAAAAGUUUGAAUUUCUGAUAACCAAUCAAUGUAAGCAAUGGAUCAAUAUUCGACUGUAUCAUACUCCACAAGGACUAUUUCAGAUGGUGAAUUCCUUAGGACAAGAUAUCUUGAUCGGUUCUGGUUGGUUACCAUUGGAAGUAUGUAAAGAUGCUGUAGAUAAGAAUAUGGAUAUUUGGUUGCCUUUGAUAGCUUCUAGAUGGUCUCAUUCUUCUUCUUCUUCUUUUCAACCUCAUUCGAUAGCUUCCGUUCAUGUAAAGUAUUCUUAUGAAAAGCUUUGGGAUCCCACUGCAUUGGAAACAACUCCUAAAAUAGAAAACAACCUAUCUAAUCAUAUAGACUUUGAAGAAUCUUCUAUUCCACAAGGUUGGAUACAAAUUCAUCUAUUGGAAGCUUAUCAAUUGCAUCAUAUGGACAAUCCUGAUUGUUUCAUAAAUGAUGUUCGUUGUUUAUUGGAAUGGGGUUCUCAUAAGGCAUCAUUUACUAGUCUAAGAAAUGAAAUAUGUCCCGUAUGGAAUGCAUUUACAGAAUUUCCAGUUUGUCAUAUUCAAGAAGAAUAUUUGACUUUGACUGUGAUGGAUCAAGACCCUUUUGCUAAAGAAGCAUUAUUAGGUCGUGCUUAUAUUUGUAUCGAUCAUUAUGGCGAUAUUCAACCUAAAGAGUAUUGGAUUCCUAUUGAUAAGAAUGGAAUAGUACAUUCGGAUAAUACUCAUUCCAAUGGUUGGCUUAGAUUGUGGUUAACUUUCAAAGCCACUUUACAAGAUGAAAGUUUUUAUACUUGGACUAGGAGUGGAAAUUAUUUUGUGAUUCAACCGGAUAUCGAUUAUUGGAAGAAAAGAUUGGUUUCUCCUUUUCAUACUUACCAUGACUCCUCAAGACACACUUUGAGCAAUAAUUCCAUACGAUUAUUUCGACAAUUGGAAAAUUUAGAUUGGAGAGAAGCAGCACAACUUGUGAUGAGAAGAACUCCGUUGUCUUUAUGGAGAUUGGCCAAUCAAUCUCUCAAUACUAUUUGGCAUUCUACAGGAGUCUCUUCUCUAGUAUCUGUUCAGAAUGAAACUGGAACGACGAAUUUAUGUACCAAACCUUGGAUGAUUACUUUCCAAACUGGUGACUGUUGGGGAGCAGGAACGGAUGCUUCUGUAUGGAUUCAACUAUUUGAUGAAAAUGGAAAUCACACCGAACGAUUGUUGUUUUCUAAUUCUGAUGGUUCGCAUUUUUGUCGUCGAGGACAAGACACUUUUGUGAUUUCUGUUCCAGAUAGUUUACAAAUACCCAACAAAAUAAGAGUUGGUCAUCAAGGAAGUGGAUUAUUUCCUUCUUGGUUUUUGAAAAGAGUUGUUAUACAACCUGCAUCUUCUGUAGAAUCUUGGCAACGAGAGUUUGUUUGUAAUCAGUGGAUUAUAUAUAGUCGAAGAAAUGGUAAGGAUGGUAUGGAAUGCAUAGUGAAUGGAAUGUAAAAUAUAUUGUUUUGGAAUGAGUGAAUUGGGAAAGAAAGCCAAUAUAUCUCCCAUAUCUAUUAAAGACUUGGUUUAUCCAUCCACUUUAUGGAAUAAGGAUUCCAAUAUAAGCACAUCAACUGAU